CAGAAAAGUCUCAACUAGUUGUCAUUUUAGCUGAUUUUAUUCAUAGAUGGUAGCUGAACUUUUGUCUGUUCGAUUCUACAAUGAGCAGAAAAGCAAACAUACAAAAGACCGUAAUAGAGGAAGCUGAGGAAGGUGAAUCAUCACCAAUGGGUCAAAAAAAGACAAACCAAAACUUCAAAGCAACUGCUACCCUCAAAGUUAAUGCUAGUGAACACCAAAACCCAACAACGCAAGACGUCACGACUCCAAAGACCCCGCCCGAGACAAAUGCGCCAACAGUUCGGGUGAAAACAGCUUCGAGGAAAACAUCAGCGCCUGUCAAGUCUAUGACUGAACAGGAGAAUGAAGUGAGGUUAGAUUUGGCUGAGCGAAAAGUGUCAGUGCCAACCAAGCAUAUCAUAGACGUGGAGAAGGAGAGAGAGGAGAAUCUGCUCAAGUUGAACUCUGUCACCCUCGGUCCCAGAGUGAGAAGAGAGAACCGAAAGAAGAAGGAUUUCAAGCACUUGCUGUCCGGCGGUGGCAGGAAGGCCAACAUCAAGAACUUGUUGAUGAAGAAGGCGCAGGAGGAGUUGGCGAGAGAGAAGGAGCGAGAGGAGGCUGAGAAGAGGAGGGUCAUGUCCGAGAGAGUGGCCCCACUCAAGACCCAAGGAAAGAACGAGGGACAGCUCGUGGAGUACUGUGAAUGGAUUGUUGAGCAGAUCAAGAAGGCCGAGGCGGAGAAGUGGGACUUAGAGUACACUCAAAAGGAGAACGACAAAAAGAUCAUGGAUCUCAAGCAAAAAGCCAUGGAGGGAACAGGCAAAUACGUAAAGCCUCCCCUGAAGCGUACUGGAGUGAACUUGAACAAGUCAGCUGCCCAGGCGGAGAUUGAGCGAAGGAAGCGACAGGCGAGGAUGAGGAUGCAGGCUCUCAAGGUCAAGGCAGGCGGCAAGGCCCUGGAGGAGGCCAACGAGGCUGCUGCUGCCGCCGCUGCUGCUGCUGCUGCUGCAGAGGACGAAGAGUGAAAUACGAUUGCUGGAACAAGGAUUGAUUGAACACUGAGCGGGAUCAAAGAAAAAAUAUUGAUAUUCUGUGCUCGUUGUCUUAUUCUUCCUCAUUCGCAAUUAAACUACGACAAACUGCUUAACUCCUGUACAAAUUUUUUACGGCGCUUCUUUUUGGUCUGUUCUCGAAUUUCUAGUAAUAAGUUGGAUUAUAACCUGAUAAUUUAUUGAGUAUGGCAGUUACGCAAUAUAGUGCACGCAUUCA